UCCCGACCAAGCUGGGAGGUGAUUUGGGAUUUGCCAUGCGUUGGUGUUUCCUGCUGAACGCCCACCUGUUCCGGAUUGUGCCAUGGACUCCAUGUUUGAAGAUGACAUCAGCAUCCUUACCCAAGAUGCCCUGGUCCAGGAUGAUGAGUGGCUGGACAGCCCCAAUACUGACCUCUCCAGUGAGAUGUGCUCUGCCUCUCACUUUGCUCUCAUCACAGCCUACGAUGACAUUAAGAACCGGCUGACAGGGCUUGAGCGGGAGAACAGUAGCCUGAAGCGGAAACUGAAAAUGUAUGAGAUCAAGUUCCCACUGAUCAGUGAGUUUGGAGAGGAACGUAUCUUCCCAUCCUAUGACUCCAAGGAGACCUCUCUUUUGAAGAGUGAGAAAGCCAACCUCCAGCAGCAGUUGAAUCAAUUCCAGCGUGAGCUGCAGAAAAGCAAGGAGAGAGAAGAACAGCUAGCCGAGAUGAUCCAAGCCUAUGAAAAGCUAUGUGUGGAGAAGACUGAUCUUGAGUCAGAGCUGGGGCAAAUGAGAUCACUGGUUGAGACACAUUUGAGUCGAAUCCGAAGCCUGGAGCAGCAGCUGAGGCAAAGAGAUGGCAACUCCUUCCAGAACCUCAACUCUCAGCUACAAAACCAGGAAGUCCAGUACCUGUCACUUCAUGGCAGCCAUGUAUUGGACCGUUCAAUGAACUGGCAGAGCCCCCGGGGACAAGUAGAAAGCUUGGAGGUACAGAGGUUGGAGGUGGAGCUGGAAGAGACAAGGCAAGAAGUCCAGAACUCGCAGCACCGAGAAGAGCAGCUGAAGGCAGAGUGUGAACGGCUGCAGGCCGAAGUGAAGCAAUUGCAGGAGUCCCGGGCUCAGGACCUUGCAACGGGUCAGUCGGAGAGGGACAUGGCAUGGGUGAAGAAGGUUGGAGAUGACCAGGUAAACCUGGCUCUUGCCUACACAGAGCUGACCGAGGAGUUAUGCCACCUGAGGAAACUGAGUUCCCUCCAAAGCCAGAUUCUCCGGACAUUUAUGCAAGAGCAGGCCAUCAAUGGUGGUCAGCGCCAUUCUCCCCAUUCCCAGCGCCAUUCUCCCGCCCAGCAACGGCGCUCUCCUGCUCCUCAAUGUACCUCCCCAGCCCAGCAAGGGAGACCUCCUGUCCCUCAGUGCCAGUCUCCAGCCCUCCAGAGACGCUCCCCAGCACCGCCUUGUCAGUCGCCCGCACAUCAGCGUCGUUCCCCGGCCCCACCUCCCUGCCAGUCUCCUGUCUCACAGCGCCGUUCCCCAGCCCCACCACCCAGCCAAUCUCCUGCCCAGCAGCGCUGCUCACCAGCCCCAAACUGUUCAUCUCCAGCCAUCAGCUCGCAACACAGGUCUCCAGGCGGUGAGAGGAGCAUGAUGGAUCUGGGCUACUCCAAACCCACGAGCCACCACAUCAAAGCAAGCUUCCAGGGCCGCCGGAGCUACUCGGAGGUGAGCGAUGCGGCUCUGUACCAGCAGAACCGCUCUCUCUGGCUGCAGCCGGAAGCGUCCACCUUACCAAAGCACCGUCCCUACGGCGAGGUUUACGCUAGAGACGCCUUCGAAGAGCACUUGCGCUUUGAGAAGCAGUCCUCGGAUGAAGACGACUGGGCCCUCCCAAGUCCCCCCAGCCCUGAAGCAGGGGGCAUCCGCUGCGCCUCUUUCUGUGCAGGGUUCCCCAUCCCCGACACCUCCAUGCACCGGACUGAUGCCUCGUACUGCAGGGCUGAACAUGCCCAGUCCUGGCCCUCAAUCAAUUUGCUGAUGGAGACGGUGGACUCUGACAUCCGAAGCUGCCCUCUCUGCCAGGUGGCCUUUCCCAUUGGUUACCCAGAUGAUGCUUUGAUAAAACACAUUGAUUCACACCUGGAGAACAGUAAGAUCUGAGGUCUGCACCACCGUCCUUCCUCUUCUGGCUUCCUAAAUGAGACCUGUCCACUUCGCCCUACCCAACCCUUGGAUGCUGCAUGAAAAGUGGUGGCGCAACAGGGGCUCUCUCUAAAAUACCUCCAAGUCUCCGGGAGACUGAACCGUGAAGAGCCUCUCCCUUGUCCUCUUCUCUUUGUCUGGUCUGUAAAGUGGGUUUCCUCUCCUCCCUGCUCAUUAUGAGUAGGGCCUGCAAUAUUUCUUCAGUGCUUGAACUGGCUAUGGAGGUGGAUGAGGGGGCAAGAAAUAUCCUUGGACCACCCUUAGCAAGGCACAAUUUUCAUCUCAUCUGAAUGCUCAGAACUGAAAUUGCCUUCUUGGGGAGCCUUGUCCACAUGGUUCAGUUUUGGUAUGUCUGGAAGAUCUCAGGGUAGGAUGAGUGAGAAAUCACCCAAGAUUGUGUGUUUGGGAUAAGGGCAGGGGAAUGGACAGAUGAACUCCAGUCUGAGGGUGUCACCUGUCACUCAGGUGUAAGAAAUCAGAUGGUUUCAUUUUCCCCCCAUCUUGUACAGGAGUAUCUGAGUGGGUCAAAUCUCCCCACCUUUUCAGCUCCUGAGAAGGGCAUUUGGGUUGGUCAUUGAUUGGACAUAGAAAGCCUUGGCCUCCAGAUGCUGGUCCAAGUGUCUUCAUCUUGGUCUUUUACAUUAAAAGCCCACUUUUAAUGAUGCUGCUGAGAAAUAGAACCAGCUUCCAGAGGUGUAGCAUGGACAUUCUUAUAUUAUUGCACUGGACAUUAUAACACACAAAGCUUCCCCCCUCCCCCACAAAAGAACAGGAGCUCCCCCUCUCUUCUGUGCUGGUUUCUUGCAAGUUUUGCUGGAGAAACUGUGGACCUCUGACUUGGGUAAAGCUCCAUCCCCACGUGUUUGUCUGUGUUCUCUUUUUGGCGACUGUUUUCCACCUUUCUCAUAAACAACUUCUCACCUUGCUUUAGAUAAUUCCCAUAUAGCAAAAAUUGUACUCGCUACAUUCUGCCUCAUUAUUCUCCUGCAUUGAUAGCAUGUUGGCACUGUUUGGACAACAGCAUAAAUGUUAACACCUUUCCAGUAUCUGACAUUCACUGUUUCUCUUUCAUAUUCUCUCUCUCAUUCUCUGGCCUUAUCAAGCAUAUAUUUUGCUAUACUGAUCUAAAACAACAGGCACGUUCUGGUUGACCUCUUGUUUCCGGAUGUGUGGUGCCUCCAUAUUGUGUGAACUGUCUCUUCAGACAGCCUGACCAUACAUCAAGGCUUGGUUUAGAAAAAAAGAACAAAAGAAAGAAGCUGCAUGGAAUUUCUCCUCGAGGCAACUGUCUUCCUAUCACCAAGAUCUUUAUUAACAAAUGUAUGUGUUGAGAUUUGUAGCCUGCCUUAUCCCAAGGACCUCAGGAUGCCAAAUGGCAAAUAGAUAUGGGACCUUGUAGAUCCCAAUCUAAUCCAUGUGGGAACUAAGAGGAGAUUGGAAUUAGAAAAUGAGACUUUAAACCUUUCUACAUGAGGCACUUCCUUGUGCACUCAUGGCUCCUCACGACAGUCUGUGGGUACUUUACAUGAUGUUGUCAUUUUCCAGGGUUUCUCUAAUUCUUUGCAACCACCAUAGCCUUUUUUCCUAAUGAGGAAAGUCUGGUAUUUCUGGGAAAGGUGGCAUGAAACCUUCAUAUAUUUGCACAAUCCUGCUGUACCAUGGCACCACCUAGCGGUUAUUUCAUGGGGCAUAAAACCAGAGAAAGAAAAACCCUGAAAAAACGUGUAGAGGACUCUAUCUCACAAAGAAUGCCGAAGCAGAAGCCCUAUGUAGAAAAUCCCAUAGAACUGAAAGAUCUUUUAUUUUAUUCCAAUCCCGUUAUCCCUGUAAACCAAUUAGAGUCUUGUUUUUUCAGAUUUGAAACUAUUAGCAUGCCACUUCCUUCCUUAUCUUAACUGUGAUGUUUCUCUUUUCAAGAAUGUGAAUUACUACAUUUCCCCUCUUUCAUUCAAAGUUCAUUUUCCAUUUCAUUUAUUAGCAUAAUAAUUAUUAUUAACAGUGUGAUCCUGUGGUCAUAUCACAGAAUCAAGAUGACCAUAGGAUUUUUCAGAGCUCCAGCAAUGAGGUUGAAAAGGCACUGUGACCUUCUAGCUGGGCCUCUGGGCUUGAAGCUCCUCCUCACCCACCACCAGCCUUGCAGCUGGUGUGGAAAGAACUGGCUUGAAAAAGUAACCUCAGAGAUGGGUUUGGGGGCAUUCUGGGGGGUGAGGAGGGGAGGGCAACUAGUAUCACUACCAUAUGAAGUACUCAAGUGGUGCAUCAGCCUCAUCCCAUCGUGUUCCAAGCCAUGACACUUAGCCAGAAUUACCCUGCAUAGGAUGCCUGUAAACCUCUGAGUUUGGAGGUUAUGAGCAUCUGGAUUGGCUUGUUCCUUAAUGAGUCCUGCCUGUACUGACAGUAGAACUAGAUGCAGUGGCAGCAGACUCCUGUCCUCAAAUGUAAAUUUAACUUGUAAAUGGAAUGGCAAAUCACUAUAAAACCAGUGGAUGGAUAGGUGGAUGGAUACUUUCCCAUGUGAAAGAUGGAUACUUUCACAUGGGAAAGUAGCUGGUAGUAGCUUUACCUGCUACUUCCUUCUGAUAUUUAACACCUACUUUCUCUGGCUGUAUUUCCCCUGGCAAAAAUUAUUUCCAGUCUCAGAGAUUCUAGUUUCUCCCUGUUAAGAGGAAUACAGCCCCUUCUACCAAUGAAAAUUGAACAUAGGCCAGAUAUUAUGGGGUCUCAGCUGGUCUCAGGCCUUGUUCCUCGCAAGUUGUUUGUUCUCCUUAUAUAUAAAGUUUCUAAUACGUUCAGUCACCAAGUUCAAAAUGAUCCCUUCUGAGAUCCAAAGCCAAUUUUAGAGUGAAGCCACCAGGCUAGAUUAUGGCAUAUUAAAAAAAGACUCCAGUUGGCAUGGCUGGCAGCAGGAACCAAGAAGGUUGGAUACUUGCUUUAGCUUAGAUCCAUUAAGCAGCAGGCCCAACCUGCUGUUCUCCAAUUGUCUUAGACUGCAACUUCCACCGGCCAAGCACCAUGUUGCUGGGGACAAUGAGAAUUGCUGUCUAAGGCAUUAGUGGGUGCUAGGUGUGGGGAAGGGUAUAUUAAGGAGUCUUCCUGCGGAGAGCCAGAACCACCACCCAGUGCUUAUUUGAAACUAGGCUCUUCACCUUGACCAUUCGGCACACCAACAGAAAACACAGCUGGGUCUCUGGUGGUGAGGAACUGAUCUGGGAUGUUAUUUUAGGUGGUAUACUCUGUAAACCCCUCACUGGCUAUUCUUCUGCCCUUCUGCCUCGGGACAGUUAUAGGGUAUUCCGAAGGAGGGCUGCCAAGGGCUUCCCUGAAAAGCUGAAGCCAGCCUGGCUUCCUUUAGAAUGCACAAAAACCGUGAGAAAUCUCAGGCUUGAGGUCCCAGUCUGGCCCAUGCGGGGUCCCCAGAUGGCCUUAUGCACCUCCUAUGAGUGCUAAUUGACAGGUGGUUUCCUGGCUUGUGUGCACUUUCCCCCAUUCUAAAAGGCUGAAAUGCCUCUCCCCUGUACUAAAAGGUUGAAAUGCUUAGAGACUAGCAGCAAGAGACUUAAGCUACAGUGUACUGGAUUUGAGGGCCCACUUGUUUACGGCAGCUCCUGAAAGCUCCUUGCUUGAGCUGCAAAAGUUUCACCACCCUUGCAGUAGAAGAGAAGGAACAGGAAGUUUAUACUGACUAGAAUUCAUAGAUAUCAAUCUUUUCCUCCUUGCAACCCAAAUUCUUAGUCUGUAGUCCAUCUUUUCCUGCUUGUCCCAGUUGGAAGGUUCAAGCUCAGUGGGUAAGUGAGAGAUAGAUGUCUUGUAUGCUGAGCCCUUGGACAGUUCUUCAGGUUAUUCUCCAUUUCCCUGCUACUACUUUCUCCUGCAGCCUCCUCAGAACCCAAGUUCAGCAGCUGAACCCUGUUCCGCUUCUAUUGUAAGUAACUGUAAACAGAACUUAGGGGUGCAUCUCCCAGUUAUUGUGAUUAAUUGAGAACAGGAGAAUUCCUUGUUGUAUAUGGUUUGCCUUUCUCCCACUCUGCUGCCCUUUAAUGGAGCACCAAAUCAGCAUAAAGCAAUUCCUUUGGUUUACCUCACAGCAGAUUAAGCCCCUCCCCUGCCCCAUUUCGUGUUAUUCACCCAUAACUUCUAUAAUGAAGGGCUGUUAUACAUCUCACAGUUGCCACAUCGAGUGGUGUACUUUAAUGCUAUGCUACUAAGUUAUCCUCACAGUGUAGAUUAGUUGUAUGUAGAGGCUUACUGCAAAAGUUGAGCCAUUUUCGCAACCCCUCUGCAAAUGGUCCCAAAUCAAAAGUAGAGAGUAUGGGAAAUGCAGUAGGUCUCUGCAUAUGCACGGCCAGCUCACUAAGUAGAGCUAUUUGAAGAGGCCUCCACUUGACAGCCAUCUUGCCCAAAUCUUCCCUAACAUCAUCUUAGAAAAUUAGCCACGGAAAAACUCCAUCCACAUGUCACAUUAGUUAACUAAUUAUUAGGGGAUUUUCUGAUGGGAAAGCAAGCCAAAUUCUUUGAAACAGGGCUGAAAAUGCAUCUCUUCCAACUCAUCACCUUUCUUCCAUUUCUCUUUGUGAAAUCUACCUCAGAGAUGAUGAGAAGCAGGUAUGAUAACAAGCAAAAAAAAAAAAAAUGUUGGGGAUCGAGGGAAUUGAGUAAUGGAAAGGAAUUCUUUUUAUGAUUUCAUUUUUUAAAAAUCUGUAGCCUACCAUAUCCUAAGGGCUCCAAUAUUAUCCAGAUUCCCCCCCUUACCCUGAAGCCUCACGAUCUUUGACAAACCAAACAAACCCCAAACCUCAAGGAGUAACGGGAAAUGAUGGGGAAGCACUGGCAGUGAAAGCAUGUUGCCUCUGCCAAGAUCCUUCGCACCCACUGGAGCCAUGUAGCAUGGUGGCUGAGCAGCCAGGCCGUGGCUUUGCCUUGAAUGAACUCAUUAAGUAGCCUUAGGCAAGGUCGAAGUAUAUUCAUUCUCAUGGCGUCUAUCAGCAUCAUCUUUCCUCAGUCACCUGAAAAAGAUAUUUCUCAGAAUAUAAAUAUCAGGAUGACAUGGAUAGAUGUUGCAGCUUUGUCACCAUUUUAAGCCCUGGCCCCUCCUUGUAAGUUUAGUUAACACAUACAUUCCACCAAAAAAUUAUAGAACCACCAGUGGCUCAGAUCCUGUGGGCAAUUAUGAAUUCAUAGAAAGGGAUUGUAUUCCUACAACCAUAAAUCAUAGACUCCAGAGUAUAUUGCUCAGGGGUACAAAAACCAUUCACAUGCACUAAAAUAAGCUGGUCCUGUUCUUACUGUUGAUACCGUAAGUCGGUACAGGGUCUAUUGAUGGGUAUUAGCCAUGAUAGCUAAAAGGCACAUGUUUUCUGAGGCAGGAUGCCAUUAAACACGAGUUUUGGGGAGGGGGGAAUGGGUUGGGGGGCAGUUGCCUUGAAGUCCUGCUUGAAAGUUUCCUAGAAAUAUUUGGCUGGCCAUUAUCAAAAAAAGGAUAUUGGACUAGUUGGAAUUUUGGGUCUGAACUAGCAGGGCUGCUCUUUAUGUUCAGUAGAACUAUUGAACUUACAUUUUCAGGUUGUCGUAAUACAUUGACACUUAACAUGUUGUACACUUUCUUGUUCUCACAAUCAGCAUGGUUAAAGUCGGGGUGACUUGUUCCACAUUCUUACAAUGCAUGCUUAUGGGAGUGCACUUCCAGUUCUCUAUUUUAUGUCUUUUAUGCCAUUAUUAGCUAACACAAAAGAUUUUCACAAUGGCUCAGAUAGAUUAGAACCUCCAUUACAAAUGUCUUUGAAAGAUUUAGAGUAGUCCAUCAUUUGCCACUAUUUAUAGUGCUGCUUACAAAAUGAAUAAAGUGGAUAAGUGCAUUAAGGAAUAUCUAUCACAUGUUAAAUGCUUUUGUGAACAGAUUCCUUGAUUGCUGUCCCUUUUUCUGUACAAUCACCCCUUUCUUCUGACCACUAAUUUUUCUUUUAAAAAACUAAUACUGGGCUAAAUUUUUUAAGUUUUGGUGGCAAAAAAUACCCCAAAGAUAGUAUUUAUGUUCAGAGGCAGACAAAUUUAAAGAACUAGAUUUGAAGAGCUCUACCUGCAGAAUGCCCCAGGAAUGCACCAUAGCCAGGAGCAACCAAGCUGUUGCUCAAGGCAUCAGAAAUACUUCUUUUGUUGGUUCAAAAAAGAAGAAAAACCUUGGGCCCCCCAUCUUUAAAAAUGUAGGACCCAUGAACAUUCUUUAAAUUCAUCUGCCCUCUAGAAAGUCACCAAAUACCUUCCCCUGCCCACAAAGUUGUGGGGAAUGAAUGUUCCACAAAAGUGAAGAUAUUUGGUGCACCUUGAAAAUUAAUUGUUCAUUGCGUUAUUUGUUAGUGAGAAAAUCGACAUCUUUGCUCUAACCCCCUUCUCUCUAGUUUGCUUGACUCUACUAUGAAGAAGCAAAAAAAGGCCUUCUUAGCUAUCUGGCUGAGGACCCUUGGGAGAGCGUCUGGUCUGUUUGUCAUGUCCUGAUUCGUUUCUUUGAUGUGUGUUUUUCUUCUGAAGAGAUUCUGUGCUAUGUGAAACAGAAUAACUCCAAUAAAAGUUGCCAAUGGAUGGACA